GCAUGUGCUAAUGUUUCGACAAGUUAAUGCAUGUUCCAUGUGUUUGCCAACAAGAAACUAUUCUAAUGGUGGAUCAGGAUCGCGACAUCGUCUACGAAAUUUUGAUAUUGGUGCUUUUGUAGAUUUGGAGGGAAUUGGAAAUAUUUUAUACAGGAAUGACAAGUUUCCGAGUAGCAUCUGUUUGGCUUUACAUAGUUGUUUCUAGUGUCGUUGAUCUAGUGAUUCAGUAAGAAUCAUGUGCAUUUGAGAUCUGGAUUGGAAUUUCGCUGAAAAAGUAUUAUGUAGACUUCUGUCACCGAUGAUGAAAUGGACAACUACCAUUCUUAGCGCAGGAAGAACAUGUGAACCUGUGUCUGUUGCUGGUUUUUAAGUAGCUUAAUCAUGUUGUUUUGUACAGAGAGUGGAUCGUAUCAUUCCAAAAAAUUUAGGGGAUCACUUAACAUCACUCAAGAACCCUGAGAAUUUUGUCCACCCUUAGUAUGGACGGGCAGCGGAAGGGUAAUGUUACUCAAAAUGGAAGUGUCAGAGGAUCUGAUAUGCUGUGUACGUUAGCUGAGACUGGAGAAUGUGAUUUCUCGAAAUUGAUGGAGAGGCCGAGGCCUUUGAACAUGGAAAGGAAGAGGUCGCUUGAUGAACGAUCCCUCAAUGAGUUGUCGAUUGCACUCUCUCCUCAUCUCUCCUCAAGAAAUGCUGAGAAUUCUUCCCGCUUUACUGACCCCUUUGGUUACUUUCUGUCGCCCGAUAGAAGGUCGGGCUAUAAUACCCCAAGGCUAGAGAAUGGAUUUGAGACCCAUCCUAUGGUUGCUGAAGCUUGGGAAGCACUUAGGAGAUCAUUAGUAUAUUUCCGAGGCCAACCAGUGGGGACUAUUGCUGCAUUGGAUAAUUCUGAAGAGAACCUUAAUUAUGAUCAGGUCUUUGUGAGAGAUUUCUUUCCUAGUGCAUUGGCUUUCCUGAUGAAUGGAGAAUCUGAAAUAGUCAAAAACUUCAUAUUGAAGACUCUUCGCCUCCAAUCUUGGGAGAAGAAAAUCGAUAGAUUCCACCUAGGAGAAGGAGUAAUGCCAGCUAGUUUCAAAGUGCUCCAUGAUCCGGUCAGGAAUAACGAAACUCUGAUAGCUGAUUUUGGAGAGAGUGCAAUAGGAAGGGUUGCUCCUGUUGAUUCUGGGUUUUGGUGGAUUAUUCUGCUCCGAGCUUAUACAAAAUCCACAGGAGAUACAUCCUUGGCUGAACAAUCUGAAUGCCAGAAGGGCAUGCGUCUAAUUCUGAGUUUGUGCCUGUCAGAGGGCUUUGACACUUUUCCAACUCUUCUCUGUGCCGACGGAUGUUGUAUGAUUGACCGUAGAAUGGGUGUCUAUGGCUAUCCUAUUGAAAUACAAGCACUCUUUUUUAUGGCACUAAGAUGCGCUUUGCUUCUCCUAAAGCAAGACGUGGAGGGAAAGGAAUUCGUGGAACGUAUUGUCAAACGCCUUCAUGCCCUAACUUAUCACAUGAGGGGUUACUUCUGGAUAGACUUAAAGCAGCUUAACGAUAUUUAUCGUUAUAAAACCGAGGAGUACUCUCAUACAGCAGUCAACAAAUUCAACGUGAUACCCGAUUCGCUUCCAGAAUGGCUGUUCGAUUUUAUGCCAACUCGCGGUGGUUAUUUUGUUGGCAACGUUAGCCCUGCUAGAAUGGAUUUCCGUUGGUUCUGCUUGGGUAACUGUAUUGCCAUUUUGUCAUCACUGGCGACGCCAGAACAGUCCACUGCCAUAAUGGAUUUGAUAGAAUCGCGCUGGGAGGAGUUAGUCGGAGAGAUGCCUCUGAAAGUUUGUUAUCCAGCUAUAGAAAACCAUGAAUGGAGGAUCGUGACAGGGUGCGAUCCGAAGAACACUAGAUGGAGCUACCACAAUGGAGGAUCUUGGCCAGUGCUUCUAUGGCUUCUGACUGCCGCAUGUAUCAAGACCGGACGACCCCUGAUUGCAAGAAGAGCAAUUGAACUCGCAGAAGCGAGGUUACUCAAGGACAGCUGGCCGGAGUACUACGACGGGAAGCUUGGUUGUUACAUCGGGAAGCAGGCUCGCAAGUUCCAAACCUGGUCAAUCGCCGGCUACCUGGUGGCGAAGAUGAUGCUGGAAGACCCUUCACAUAUAGGUAUGAUAUCACUCGAGGAAGACAGACAGACGAAGCCGGCUAUGAGGAGAUCCAAUUCAUGGACUUCCUAGUAGAUCAACGUUUCUUUCUCAUUUUCUGCAAUUUAUCAAUCGUUGACUUGUUUUGAGCUUCACUUCCUGUCAUUUAGAAUCUGCUAAUCUGAACUGACUUCUUUUGCUUGUUGUCUAAGCAAUGCUAGUUGGUAGAUAUUCUCCUGUAUGUCUGCUUUUUUUA